AUGGGCGCCGCUAGGUUCCUACAGGCGAGAUGGCGACAGGCGCUGAAGGGAGCGCUAUUCGUGUCCGGCAGUGCCUCCAUUGCGCUGCUGGGGAAGCAGAGUGUCCGGUGUGAUGCCGGACGCAGCACUGCGGUGUGGAAUGCGAAGAAAACGCCUCAGACCCCAGAAGAGUCUGCACUGGAUAAGCUAGUCAAGUCGGGGAUACAGUCCGGAGAGAAGGAGAACAAGCAUGAUGCUGAUGCCGGUGGCGACGCUGAGCCCAAGUCUGCAUGGGAGACGAUGACGGACAGGCUAGGGACUGCAGAGGGCUACUUCAGCUCUUCGGACUGGAGCGCAGACUGGUCGGCUGUCUUCAAGGACUAUAUCUCGCCUGGCUGGACCUUUUUCUCACCAGAUAUCCUUCGAAACCUGCAACGGGAGCUCUCAAUGGCUCCCGGGUCCGUGGCCGACGAUGUAUGGAAAGAAGCCUGUGACCCUAGUUUCAACCCCAGCAUUGUUGAAGAAGCCAGUGUUAGGAUUGGAGGUACAUUGUGCUCAGAGGAAGAAGCCUUUCUCUCGGACCGCCGUAAGGUUGUUGCAAGAAACCUCGCGUCUUACUUGGGCUUGCCGGAAGAUGAAGUGCACCCUGAUGACGUGCCUGUGAUCGCCAUGUGUGCUUCUGGAGGAGGACUGAGAGCUCUCAUUGCCGGAACAGGAUCGUACAUGGCUGCCAAGGAAGCCGGGCUCUGGGACUGCUUGACGUAUACUGCUGGCGUGAGCGGUUCAUGCUGGCUGCAGACUCUCUUUAACUCGUCUAUUGGCGGUCAGGACUUUGGUAAGAUGAUUGACCAUCUCAAGGCAAGGCUUCACACGCAUAUUGCUUUCCCUCCAGAGGCACUUGAUAUCCUGACUACCCCGCCUACAAACAAAUAUCUCCUACGCGGUGUGAUUGAGAAGCUCAAGGGAGACCCCAAAGCCGAUUUUGGCCUCGUCGAUGUAUAUGGUAUAUUGCUCGCAGCCAGACUCAUGGUCCCCCAGGAUACGGCUGCUUUGAACGACAGCGACCUGCAACUUUCUAGUCAACGCGCUGUGGUAAAAGGAGGGGCGAACCCGAUGCCAAUUUACACCGCAGUUCGACACGAAAUACCCAAGCCAUCCAAGCCGGGUGCUUCCGAAGACGAGCUGGAGGAAAUAUCCAAACGCGAGAGCUGGUUCCAGUGGUUCGAGUUUACCCCUUACGAGCUGUUCUGCGAGGAAUUUGCUGCAGGUAUCCCCACAUGGGCCGUGGGUCGAAACUUCAAGAAUGGGAAGGGCAUUGCCGCCGCUCAUGGAUAUGCUGUUCCUGAACUACGUGUUCCCGCGCUCAUGGGAGUUUGGGGGAGUGCAUUUUGCGCCACGCUAGCUCAUUACUACAGGGAGAUCCGACCCGCGUUCAUGGGCCUCGCCGGAUUCAGCAGCAUCGACGCCCUGAUCGAAGGUAAAAGCGAAGACCUCACUCGUGUCCACCCAAUUGAUCCUGCCACCGUACCAAAUUUCGUCCUGGGAAUGGAGGGCAAACUGCCUGAUUCCUGUCCCGACUCUGUCUUCCAGGACUCCCACUUACGACUAAUGGAUGCGGGUAUGAGUAACAAUCUGCCUAUCUAUCCACUACUUCGGCCGGGACGUAAUGUCGAUCUCAUCGUCGCAUUUGAUGUCUCAGCUGACAGCAAAGAAGCAAACUGGCUCUCCGUUGUUGAUGGUUAUGCUCAUCAGCGAGGUAUCAAGGGAUGGCCCAUCGGAGCUGGAUGGCCAAAAUCUAGUGCAUCCCCCGAGGAAACGGCAGACAUCAUCGCCGAGGAAGCCCAAUUAACAAAGGAAGAAGCGGAUAAGAAAGUUGCUGCCGCUCAAAAGGCUAGCAAAGAACGCACUCCUGACUCACGUGGAAACGACCCCGACCUGACCUUCUGCAACAUCUGGCUCGGCACCACAGAGGAGAGGAUAUCGUCCGCUGAACCCCCACCGUCCAAACGCCUGUUCCACGAAGCAGCUCUAAAUGAAAAGGACUCCGAAUUUCAACUCACACAGCCUCAUGCUGGUAUUGCAGUUGCUUAUUUCCCCCUUUUGCCAAAUCCUGCAUGCCUAGCUCUGCCUGAUCCCGAUAAAGAUGAGCCUGACGCGGAACGCAAGAUCCUCGAUCCGCUUGAGGAGGAUUAUCUGAGUACUUGGAACUUUAUAUAUACCGCAGAGCAGAUCGAUUCCGCCGUCCAUCUUGCCAAAUGCAACUUUUCUGAAGGUGAGGACCAAUUGAAGAGGGUUGUCAGGGGUAUCUAUGAGCGGAAAAAGAGAGAGCGGCUUCAGCGCGAGAAGGAUACGGCUAGAACAAGUGCGAGCUAUUUGGCAUAG